GACGUCCCAUACGGAGGAUUUUCAAAUGGGAAAGUCGGGGAUUUGACAGAUGUUCAUGAGCAUAAGCCGCUCCGUUCAUAGCUGAGCUGAGAGGGUUUUGGAGCGGGCGGAUUUAUCGAGGGUGAAAAUGUCUGUGGAUAAAGCGGCGAAUCCUUGUAAUAAGUUUCAAGCGAAUAUUUUUAAUAAAAACAAAUGUCAGAACUGCUUCAAACCUCGGGAGCUGCAUCUCAUGUCCGACGAUGAGAGCGAACAGGCCAAGCCCAUAUACGGAGGCUGGCUCUGUCUGGCCCCAGAAGGGACAGACUUCGACAACCCGGCCCAGAGAUCUCGGAAAUGGCAGAGAAGAUUCUUCAUCCUCUAUGAAAAUGGAAACCUCUCAUUUGCCCUGGAUGAACUGAUGAGCACCCUCCCCCAGGGCACGGUGGAUAUGACCUCGUGCACGGCGGUGGUGGACGCCGAGCCGCUGACGGGCCAGAGGAACGCGCUGCGCCUGGCCACGCCCCAGCAGGACCUCUUUAUCAGGGGGGAGAGCCGCGAGAUGAUCAGCGGGUGGUGCGAGCAGAUCGCUGGGAUUCAACGCAACAACCAGCACCGCAGCUCCAGGAAACACAGCGUGGGCCGCGACCCAGCCCAGGAAGCCUGUCCAGCAAAGAUGGCCACCCCCGGGUCGUGUCUACUGGAGGGAGUAGGAGGCCGGCCCACUGAGCCUGGGGCUGGCCUGAGGAAGGCUGCCAAGCUAGGAGGGGGGCGGAGCUGGACAGGCUCAGACACGGGUCCCUUGGGCCCCAGCCAACCCUCCUCAGGCAACAAGCUGCAGUGCCCCGCCACUACCAGCAGGGGGCGAUCUUCAUCGGCCGGUACCGAGGUCAAACCCGCGACGCGUUGGAGGGGCGCGGCAAGCGCCUCACCGAAACGCGACCGGCCGGCCAACGACAGAAGACUGGACCAGAUGCAGAAGGCGAACCAGGAGACGGCGUGUCCCACGGCAACGGACACGAAGCUUGAAGGGGACCAAUCAGAGUCCAGGAUGAGUAGAGGCGAAGCUCGUGUUAACAAACGUGAGAAGACCCAGCCCUGUGGAGUCGGAUCCCAUGUCUCCAUCAUGCAGCGCAGAGCCAAGUCCCUGGACCGCAGGACUUUAGACGCCAUUAAGACUCCUGAUUUACUGAACUUCAAGAAGGGUUGGAUGGUGAAGCUGGAGCAGGACCAGUGGAGGAAGUUCUGGUUUGUGUUGUCAGCCGACAGCCUCAGAUACUACAGGGACUCCAUCGCUGAAGAGGCCUUUGACCUCCAAGGAGAGAUUAACCUCACCAAAUGCUACGAGGUGUCCGAGUACCAAGUGCUCAGGAACUACGGCUUCCAGAUCCACACGCGGAGAGGCGUCCACACGCUGUCCACCAUGACGGCUGGGAUACGCAAGAACUGGAUACAAGCACUGAUGAAGAACGUCAGCCAUGCCCAUGCUCCUAAAGUAGUGAGUUUUCCAGGAAUCCACUUCCCGACCGAGGCUCUCCCCAAGCCUGACGUCACCCACGACUCGCCCUUCAAGGGGCCCAGAGAGGAGGCCCCGCACCACAAAGACACCCCCAAGAACCUGCAGGACAGACGGAGGGACGAUGGCGGUAAGGCCUCGGACUGGACUGAGUUCAGACCGCUGAGUGAGUCUAGCCUGGAGCUGGAGAUCCGGAGUGGGGAGCCGGGCUCCCCGGAUACACUGAACCAGGAGAGGAGGAAGAGGCGCCAGCAGAGGAGGAAGAGGUACGAGAGCAUCCUGGGCGUCGCUCAGUCCCGAGAGACGGCAGGAGACGAGGGAGUAGGGGGCCUGGAGCUGGACCCCCCUGGGGGAACCUCUGGGCCCCAGCAGAUGUUGGUGGAGGAGGAGGAUAUGGAGAAAUUCUGGAUACAGGUGGAGAGAACCACCUUUAGGGUGGAGAGGGUGGUGCCGCUGUUCCCCGAGGCCGCAGACGAGGACACGGUGGAGCUGCAGAGGCUCAUGGAGACCUACCGGCAGGGGGUUGAGGAUCUGAAGUGUUGUCUGGAAGAAUCUGAUUGCCGGAGGCUGGAGUUGGAAGCUCAGUUGAGAACAACAGGAUUUUCCCAUCAGGAGACAUGCCCAAUGAUGGACUCCACACUGAGCCCUGAGAAGGAGGGCGAUUCCUUGGGUAGACGUGGCUCCGUGCCACUGAGCGGCCACGCUCAGAGCCUGAAAAAACUGUACUUGGAGACGCGGGGUCUUCUCCAGCAGCAGAACGACAUAAGGCAGAGCAUGCAGGAACAGCUCGGCAUUUCCCUGUCCCCGGUGGAGUCCCAGGGAUCUCCCCCGUCUCAGGCACCCAGCAUCUGGCUGCACGACACCAACGGCAACCAGCAGGAACUGGGGGGCCUCCAUCCUGUAUUCCCGUCCUCGCCAAACACAGCCGCACCGUCUCUGGUCUCAGACGAUGAGGUGUCACUGCUUCACUAUGACGGGGAAAGGCUCACUUCCAAUAUCCAAACCCACCUGGAGAGGGAAGCAUACCAGGAUGUAACCAGCUCUGACACACAUACAAACAAAACCACAUGGGACGGAAAGGGUUUAGACCAAGAUCACCAGCAAACUCACAAAUUAUUUGAGUCUCCUUGCGGCCAAGACGAGCCGACAGUCGCAAGACUUUUGCAGGAGGUUGAGCUGCUCAGAGGCCAGAACAAGGCCCUCCACCAGCACAACCAGGAGAUGCUGAACCAGCUGACAGAGGCUGAUCGGGAGAUCGAGAGGCUGAAGGCAGACGUCCGCCACCUCCCAGAGAUGGAGCGGUGGAGCAAGACGAGGGUGGUUCUCCUGGAGACGGAGCUGAACUCAAGGAACCAGGGACUCAUGGAGGCCAAGUUGCUGAUUGCCUCCCUGGAGCAACGUCUGAGCAAGGUGGAGUCCCAGGCGCUCAGAUCUGUCGCUCUCCAGGCUCCAACCAUCUCUGAGGACACCGACGAGAGCGGGGUGGAGGUUGACGAGCCCAUGGCGGACAGUGAAAGUAAGAGAUACCUUCUGCGCUGUUUCGAGGCCACAGAGGCCAAGCUGAUAGAUCUGGAGCGGAAGCUCCACCAAUCAGAACAAAGCUGUAGCGAGCUGCGGUCCUGCAACGUGGAAAUGGAGGAGGCCCGGAGGACCUGGGGGCGGAGGACGGCGGAGUUGGAGGCUGAGCUGGCGAGGCUCAGCACAGAGUUGGAGAAAGAAAAGUCGUCAGAGAGACAGAAUAUUCCGGAUGAGGAACAAUUCCUGAAAGUUUCCGAGGGGACAGGGAUGGCAUCAAGAGAUCAGGGGAAACUAAUCAAAAUAAUAGACAGGUCUGAUGUAAGAUCAGUAGAAAGACAGCAAGAGGCAACAGAGUCUACGUUAGCCAGCUAUCUUCAGCGGGACGAAGACGAGUUAUGGGGGACAAUGCUCAUCAGGAUAAAGGCUGAUUCUUCACAAACCGCUGAGGACAAACUCCUCUGUGUUCUUCUGAUGGAGGUGACAGAACAUAGGUUGAUAGAGAGGAAACUGCUGCUUCUUGCCAAAGAUUUUCUGUUGGAAAAAGCUUCUUGUACAAGCAUAGGGGGGGCUAGCCUGGUGGAAAUAGAUGAGGGCACGUAUUCAAAUGGCACUGGGAGUUUGGUAACCCCAGAAAAUGAGAAUUGGUCUGACGUCACUGGCACAAUGGACAUAGCUAAACAUAUUGGGAACGACUUCUGCAUACAGCAGAACAUUUAUUUGCUGAACUUCAUCACCUCUAUUGAUAACUCCUCUACCAGUGACAAGCUGAAGCUCUUGGGUCAACGACUCUGUAAAUAUUACCAUUCAGGGCACCACUGGCUACACAGAGUCCAAUCUAGUGGGAAACUCAAUGAAAAUCAACAACAAGGACAGCUCAUCACCUCUCCUACCUGCACAAACUGUGUGAGCCUGGGGAAGGAAGACAAAGAGUUGAGGGCCGAGGUGUCCUUUCUGGAGAAAGAGCUUGAGAAGGCUUCAGCAGGCACUAAAACCCCCAGCACUAACCUUCUGGGUGAAAACAAGGAGUCACAAACACCUAGCAUCUGGCUGCUUGAUACCAGGUCCAACCUACAAAUGCUGGGGGAGUCCAAUCAUGAGGUUCCUUCAACGCUUAAUGCGGCCAAACCUUCUCCUGUCUCAGACCACGCCAUGGUAGAUAGAAUACAAAGCAUGGGAAGGUCUCCAGACAAGGGUCCCUCCUGGCAUGACAGCAAAGAGAGCUCAUGUCGGGAAGUGGGGAAUACUGAAAAGUCUAAUCAAGGUGGAGAUGUGGGCUUUGACAAGAAGGAAGAGGAGGUAGAGGACGAUGAGGAAGAAGGGGCCAAGGAGGGGAGGGUUGUAAGGCUGAGAGGACAAGUGGCGGAGCUGGAGCAGCAGCUGUGCCUUGUAGCCGAGGUGCUGAGAGCAGAGCAUGAGGGGAUUAUAGGUACUCUACGGCUGCAGCAUGAGAAGGAUAUGGAAACACUAAAGGCGGCUUGCGAGAGCGGCCUGUCCGCCCUGGAGGUGUCCCAGCAGAGGGCGCUAGAGGGGGUCCGGCUCCACCACCAGGGGGAGCUGCAGCGUCUGGUAACGGAGCAAGACCGGCUCCUGGAGGAGGAGACCUCCGCCACGGUCACGGCCAUAGAAUCCAUGAAGAGGGCUUUCCAGCUGCAGCUGGACAGACAGACAGACAAGACUCACCAGGCUCGGCUCUCUGCUGACAACACACACCUGCAGGAAACACAGCGGCAGCACAGUGCGCAUGUGUGUGUCUGUGUGUGUGUGACUCUCUCUGGGGUCCACAGGGAGGAGCUGGAGGUUGUGGUCCAGCAGUUCUCCCUCCAGCGGCUGGAGAACAGUCUCCUCUCCCAGGAUCUGGAGGCAGAGCGGACCGCCCUCUGCCAGAGCGGCCAGGAGAACCGGGAGCUGAAGGAGAGGAACCAGGAGCUAAGCGGUCUCCUAGCAACAGAACUCAGCCGGCUGUGUUCCCGCUCCAAGCAGGAGGCGUCUCCGCUCGGACAGGGAGCCAGCGUGUUUGAGCAGGAGAUGUCCCUGCGAAUGAAGGAGUGGGAGAUCCAGGGUCUGAGGAGGGAGGUCUCCUCCCUCAGAGAGGAGCUGCUGCUCUCCCACAGUGACCAUAGCCUCGCAGUGCAACAGCAGACAGCAAGCUCCACAGAGCUGACUGUCUUGAAGGUUAGAUUCCAGGGAGACAUGGACGUCCUACAGGAGAACCUGCGACUGGCCCAUCGAGCCCUUGAGCAAACCAUACCAUGACCCCCCUCCCCACUUUAUUUAAACCCACAUGUGUAUAAAUGACAUAGCUAAUGUUGUAGUCUUCAGGCCCCUUGAUCUCACUGAGUUCACUCUAUAGGAUUCCCCUCACAAGAGAUGAAGAUGGCUUAUUACUGCGUCUGAGUGUACUGUAUCUACUGUAUCGACAGUUUUUACUGUGUAUCUACUGCCCUGGUCUUGUAGAAGCAGUCUGGGCUCCUUUCUCAUCUCAGACGAUUUACUCGAGAUGGACGGUAACGAUGGCGUCAUGGUCCCGUCUCUCUUGAUACACUUUGGUUGCACAAGAGAGCCUAGAUGAAGUCCCUAACAAUGUGGGCAGGCCAAUCGGUGCUGCUUGAGCUGUGAUUGGGCAGAUUACCCCUGACCCGAGUCAAGGGGUGGAACGGGAGGCUUGAUGGACCAAUGGCUGGCCACCAUAGCAGAGAAACCACCGCAUUGGGUCAGCCUUCAUGACCUCAGCACUGAGCUUCUCUGGGACCAGAUGCAACCAUUAACUAAUUUAAUUGCACUGUUAGGAAUAUGAAAUAUUAUAUAUAUAUAUAUAUACAUGAAUAAUGAUCUACGAAGGAAAGACUAAUAGAUUAAUUAAAACUUGGUAUAAUACAUUAUAUGCACUAAUUGACAGUAUAUAGGCUAAUAUAAACUACUAUAUAGGCCGACUGAUGGAUGAGUUUUGCUCCAGAAUUAUGUAAAAAAAAAAGUGUAUUCGUGCAAACAUUAAAAUCAUACUUUACCUUUUUUUAAUUAUCUUAUUCUCCAUGUUUGAAUUAAUCCAUAGGCUACUGUACCGACAGUGAUAGUUUUUUCUAUUUCUUCUGACAAAUGUACUUAUUGUGAGUCUCAUGUUGUUAAACCUAAUACAACAUAUCUUUAUAAGGUUUAUACAUUUCCAUAAGUUGUGCGUAAAAUUAAAUGUUCAAUGUUUGUUUCCUUAAUAAAUAACACAUUGGAAUACUA